AAGGCGAGGAACGAGUGACAGCGGGACUGACCGCCGGGCCGUGCUCUCGGGCCGCUCCGGGGAGCGCCCGCGGCUCCAGGUCCUUCUCAGAGCCGCUGCCAUGGGAGAGCCGGCCCUGGGCGCCGGGGACCAGCCGCCGCUGCAGCCGCGCCCGCCUCGGAGUCGCGGCCCGAGUCCCAGCGCCCGAAUCCGGGCCGCUGCGUCCUCCUCCCGGGUUGCAGGGCCGCCUCCGCCGCGCUGCCGCUCCGGGCUGUGCCUGUGAUGAGCCGCAGCCCGCCGCGAGCCCUGCCCGCGGGCGCGCCCCCCCGCUUGCUCGCGGCCGCGCCUGCCGCCGGGCCGCGCGCCCUGCUCCCGCCGUGGCCCCGGCGCCCGGGUCGCCGCUGGCCCGCGUCCCCGCUCGGAAUGAAGGUGUUCCGCAGGAAGGCGCUGCUGCUGUGCGCGGGCUACGCACUGCUGCUGGCGCUCACCAUGCUCAACCUCCUGGACUACAAGUGGCACAAAGAGCCGUUGCAGCAGUGCAGCCCCGACGGGCCGCUCGGUGCCGCCGCGGCGGGGGCGGCUGGGGGCGGCUGGGGGCGUCCGGGGCCUCCCCAGGCCGCGCCGCCCCGCGCACACACCCGUACCCCAUACCGCUCUGCCGUCGCCCCCGUCCGAGCGGCUCCGGCAGCCGGGGCGGGGGCGGCGGGGGCCGCAGCCCCUCCGGGUAAUGGCACUCGGGGCACCGGGGAUGGCGGGGACAAGAGGCAGUUGGUGUACGUGUUCACCACGUGGCGCUCGGGCUCGUCCUUCUUCGGCGAGCUUUUCAACCAGAACCCCGAAGUGUUCUUCCUCUACGAGCCAGUGUGGCACGUGUGGCAAAAACUGUACCCAGGGGACGCCGUUUCCCUGCAAGGGGCGGCACGGGACAUGCUGAGCGCUCUCUACCGCUGCGACCUCUCCGUCUUCCAGCUGUACAGUCCCGCCGGCAGCGGGGGGCGCAACCUCACCACGCUGGGCAUUUUCGGCGCGGCCACCAACAAGGUGGUGUGCUCGUCGCCACUUUGCCCCGCCUACCGCAAGGAGGUCGUCGGACUGGUGGACGAUCGCGUGUGCAAGAAGUGCCCGCCGCAGCGCCUGGCGCGCUUCGAGGAGGAGUGCCGCAAGUACCGCACUCUGGUCAUCAAGGGCGUGCGUGUCUUCGACGUGGCCGUGUUGGCGCCACUUCUGCGCGACCCGGCCCUGGACCUCAAGGUCAUUCACCUGGUGCGGGAUCCCCGCGCUGUGGCCAGCUCACGCAUCCGCUCGCGCCAUGGUCUCAUCCGUGAAAGCCUGCAGGUGGUGCGCAGCCGGGACCCCCGAGCGCACCGCAUGCCCUUCCUGGAGGCCGCCGGCCAUAAGCUGGGCGCCAAGAAGGAGAGCAUGGGUGGGCCUGCAGACUACCACGCCCUUGGCGCCAUGGAGGUCAUCUGCCACAGCAUGGCCAAGACGCUGCAGACGGCCCUGCAGCCCCCUGACUGGCUGCAAGGCCACUACCUGGUGGUGCGGUACGAGGACCUGGUGGGAGACCCCGUCAAGACCCUACGGAGGGUGUAUGACUUUGUGGGGCUAUUGGUGAGCCCUGAAAUGGAGCAGUUUGCCCUCAACAUGACCAGUGGCUCGGGUUCCUCCUCCAAGCCUUUCGUGGUGUCAGCACGCAAUGCCACGCAGGCCGCCAACGCCUGGCGGACCGCCCUCACCUUCCAGCAGAUCAAACAGGUGGAGGAGUUUUGCUACCAGCCCAUGGCCGUGCUGGGCUACGAGCGGGUCAAUAGCCCUGAAGAGGUCAGAGACCUCAGCAAGACCCUGCUCCGGAAACCCCGGCUCUGAGAGGGGUUCCCGGGAGACCAGACUCCCUGUGGUGACACCCACAGAAAGAUUGUGGUGUGUUUCAACAAAAACAGCCCAGAUCCAAACUGAGGAAGCCCACACAUUCUGUUAUAGAUACAUAAUAUAAAUAACCACACAGGCACUUGCUGUCAGUGUUUUGAAUCAUUGAAUUUCAAGGAACAGCCACAAUACACACACAUCUCAGAAAAGGCAAGGCUUGAAAGUUCUGACCCGCUGCCCUUCCUCUCCUCUCCCCUGCCUUUUCUCCUUUUUUCCUACCCUCUCCCCUACCUGCCUUCCAUUUUGAAGUGGGAUGUUGAUUAAAUCAAGAUCCAGUAACCUAAAUCUUGUUUCCAAAAUUUUCGUGGUAUCUGUGAACAUGUAGAAGAGUCGUUUGGAUGUCGGGGGUGGGGUGGGAGGUGUGGGAGGGUGGAGAAAGGGGAAGUGGUCCAGGAGCAAAAGCCCCACUGGGCAUGCUAAACCAAGGAGGCAUUCUUCUAAGUAGACUUUUGUGUAAAAAGCAAAGGUUAUAUGUGAGUAUUAAUAAAGAAAAUAAUAAAUAAUAUUCUUUUUUAUAUUUGCCGCCAUUACUUUGGAUUUGCCUGUGUUCCUUGUCCUGUGCAGCUUCAGACAGAAUCUGCUCCUCCUUCUCCCACCCCCUUUUCCUGUCUGUUUCCUAGAAAACAGCUAUAAGAUGGGUGGGAGCAGCUUCAGACUCCUUGAUAAGAGCCUUGGAGUUGUGUUCUCCCAUGUAAAUCACAGCCUGUCAGGUGCCCAGGAAUGGGGACAAAUCUUCAGAUUCUAAAGGCAAAAACCAAGCAGGGCAGUGGAGGAAAAAGCACAGCACUACUUUCCUGUUCCACUUGGAGCACAGAAAGGAAGAAGCAACCCCUUGAGGAUCUGAAGGCAUUCGGUUUUGAUUACUGUUGAGUUAGCACUGGGAAACCUUGAAGCAGAGACCAGUGUUUUGGUCCUGAGGUUAGUUCAGAAAAAGGAUUUUUUAAAAAAAGAGAAGUAUGUAGUUCAAAAAACUUCUGGUGAUAACACAAACCUCAAAACUUAGUGUGAACGUUUUGUUGGCAACGGUAGCAAGUUCUUUGGUUAGAAAAGUGACAGAAGUAUCUGAGUUUGGAGCAUUUUUCUGCCUCUGACACAGUCCAUGGAGGCCUGUGAAAAGGGGAGUUUGAUCUGGGGACUGUAAGGGUACCCACAGGUUAUCUCCCUUUUUCCUGGCAUCCCAUCCAAAUUAGUGCAAAAGAGAAUGUGAAUUUAUAAUGGUUUACUUAGGUUGCUUGUGGGGUACGUCGCUUUCCUUUCAUCAUGUUUUCUGAAAGUAAAAACUUGUAAAGAAGCUACGUGUCGCUGACAGUAUAAGUCUUCAACCAAGAGCUUCUUUUAGAUAUGAAAAUAAAUUAUGGGAAAGAGGAAAUGAAAAUGAAUUAUGAGUUUGUAUGUUGGAUUUUGAGAUUUGGUAUUUUCCAGGGAAAAAAACCAUUGCAAUUUUCCUGUAGUGGUAAUGGUGUUGCUGCUGUCCUGAGCCCAUUUGUACUGAAGCAUUCUGCAGAAUGUUGUAUUAUGAUAAGAAGUUAUGAAGCUAAAUAGGAACAAGAGAGUGUAGUUGUAUAUUACAUUAAAUAUGGUACAAGUUCAAGUUCAUCAUACUUUUAUUUUACUGUAAUUCAUUGUGAGAUUUGUGCAAGCCAAUCUGUUAUAGGUUAAAUGCUGAGGAUUUCAUUUUAAGGAAAAUAUAAUGAAAAGGAAUAUGUACAUGGGAAAUAUUUUAAGUAUAAUUUUUAUUACAAUGAGAAAUCUAACUACGCUGUUAAGAAUUCCGAGAGUUUAAAAGCACAGAGGUUGAAAAAAGGGAUGUAUUUAGCAGUGGAUUUUAUAACACAUUCUAGAAUGAUUGUUUCUUAAUUUACUAAAAUUGUUUAUAGUAAUUGUGUUUAUUAAUCCAGAUUACAGCUAUAACACAUUGAUCAUGGUUUUUAUGGUAUUUUCAUGGUAGCGCCUAUGCUGAAUUAUCUUGAGCAGCAGUAGAAUAUUUGUAACAACUUUAAUUGAAGAAUACUUUAAAUGAACAAAAUAAAUAUUAAUGUUGGAUGACUAGAGAUGAAACAGGUUUAGCAGGAAAUUAAGGCAGCAUCAUUAAAAGGCAACCACUCUGAAUAAAAGAACCAUUUAAA